ACAAAUCGACAGACCCUAAAGUGAAUAUAGAAAAACCUUUAGGACUUCUUCAGAAGGCUAUUUCAGAAAGAAGCAUUAAAUUCUAUGAUUAUAAAGAAUUUAGUGAUGAUACAAUAGAGAUUUCUGACGAAGAAUUUAGUUCCGUAUGUGAAACCAAGUGGAUAUCACGUGAUGAAAUCGUUGCUCUUAAGCUUCUUAAA